AUGGAACGGACGGCGAGAGGGUGUGAUGAUGAUGAUGUCUGUGUGUUCCAGGAGAUGCUGUACGGGAUCUCGACGGGGUUCGGGUCGCCGCAGGUGCCGGUGGCGGAGAUCCUGGCGCGCGCAGUGCCCACCCUGCACUCGCCGCAGAAGCCCAAGAGCAGCAACUUCCUGCAGGUGCCCGACAUCGAGUCGCCCAGGCCCAAAAGCGUGCCCUCGUCGCCCAUGGUGAAGCGCGCCUUCUCCCGCCUGGGCAACCUCACCGCCGGCUGGGGCCGCUCCAUCCGCAAGCAGCAUUCCCAGCUUUCCGCCGACGACAAGAAGAAGUGGUCUUCGUCGCAGGACUGCUCCAACAAGGAGGGCAAGGACAAGGAGAAGAAGGAGGCGCAGAUCCCGCAGCUGGCCGUACCGCGGCUGAGCGUCUGUGCCGAUGCCCAGAAGGUGGACCGCGCCAAGCUCGCACAGACCGAGUUCCCCAUCAUCGAGUUCGACCCGGAGACGUUCCGCAUCCUGCUGGACUACCUGCACACCGGCUCGUGCCCGCUCACCUGCUCCAACAUCCCGGGCCUCAUCUGCGCCGCGGAGCACUACGACCUGCCCGAGCUGCUGCAGGCCUGCUUCCACCACGCCAAGCAGUUCCUGCGCAUCGAUGUGGUUUGCGUGAUGCUGUGUGCCCUGGAGAACUACUACUGGCGGUACACGUCUGCGUCGGAGCUGGUCAACAUGAUACUUGCCUUCGUGGAGACCAGAGCGCACCAGCUGUUCCAAGUGCAAGACUUCAUGAUGCUGUCCGAGUCGAUGGUGCAGAUGAUCAUGUGCCGCAACCUGGAGAUCCCCGAGGUGCGCAAGUUCGAGGCGAUGCUGGGCUGGGCACGCAACAAGAUCCGCACCAAGACCUCCUCCAAGAUGGAUGCCAAGCUCGAGUUCAAGUGCAUCAUGGAGCGACUUGCUAGGGACCUCAAGCUGUAUCGCAUCUCUCCGCAGGAGCUCAUCAAGAUCGUUCUGCCCAGCAAGGCGAUCAAGAAUGAGCGCAUCCUGGAGACACUGAUGUUCCAGGCGAACUCUGGAAUGUACCGUAUCCAGGACUCUUACCUGGAAGCGUGCCAGCAGCGGCUGCUGCAGAAGCAGGACUCGCGAUUCAGCGAGUGGGAGUCAUUCGACUACGGGCUCUAA